CAGGGGUGUCAGAGCCGCGGGCACCUGGGGCACAUUAAUAGCAUGAAGAGGAAAGAGAAAGGAGAAAGUGGUCAAGGAGGUUUCCAUAUGGAGACGGUUGAAUAUAAAAACAUCAGCUUCACAGUCUGGGAUGUUGGCAGCCACUGCAAAUUCAGACCUCUAUGGUGGCAUUGUUUCCAGGACACGAAAGGUCUGAUUUUCGUGGUUGACAGUAAUGACAGAGAGGGGAUUGAUGAGGCUCGGGAAGUUCUAACUGACUUGUUAGCGGAAGAGGAGCUCAGAAAUGCAGUUUUAUUGGUAUUUGCCAAUAAACAGGUUGAAGAUUAUUCUCUCUUCUAAAGAAAAUAGAAGAACACUAGGAGAAAAGAUACUUUAAAAUGUUCAGUCUUUUAUUCACAUUACAUCAUCUGUCUUGAAUAGUGGGUCUAUCUCUUUCCUGUUACUCUGGCCAUGAAAAAAAAAAUAGCUUUUUAAGGCUGCUUUUGUGAUGUGUGCAUGUUCUUGUAAUCCCCUGUCAUUCUGGGAUUGAGUCAUAACAGCAUUAAUACCACCUACCAUUUGUUGGUUACUUACUGUGUUUUAGGCACUGCACUAAAUGCCUUACACAUAUUCCUCUCAUUAGUAAACAUUUCUGAAGCUA